UACUGGAAAACAAAAAUGGGAACUUCAUGGUAGCUCAGGAAAAAUCAAGGGAUCACCAAAGUCAUUUGGAUUCAUCUUCUGGGAUAAUUUUUUGUUGCAUUUCAGGAAUUUUGUGAACAUAAAAGCAAUGAUAUCUAAGCAAUGAUAUGUGAAGAUAACAUAAUUAUAUUACAUUGGACUAGCACCAUAAAUUACCUUGAGAUAAUGAGACGGUAAAGUUGUUAACAUGAGACCGAUUCAGGGUCUUAAGACAAGAACAUAGAACAUAAUUAAGUUGAGUUAAUGGGUGAAUCAGCAAAUGCUUUAUGCUGUACAUUUCCAUAUCUGCAGUAAUCACUACCCCCUGCUGAGGUUUGAUUUAACCAUCAUACUUGGUGAUGUUUGUGAGACUAAACUCAUUUAAACUGGAACAGAGAUCUGACCGGAGAAUGUGCGUGCGUGUGUGUGUGGGUGGGUGUUGGGGUUGGGUCAAAAGUGAGCCUGUGCGUGGGUGGGGGCUUUGGUUUAACUCCCCUCUCCACCUUGGGCCCCAGGAAACCGUGAGCAAAACGUUCUUGGGGUUAGUGUGUAGGCUCCCCCUCCUGACGUCACGUCUGGAGGCUGGCUGCUCGUGCUGCUGACACCGUUCACCUCCAACAGAGGAACUUUCCUGGAGUUCUCAGGCUCUUCUGGCUGCGGACUAAGUUCAGUGCUGCCCAGAGGAAGCCGCAUCAGCUCGGAGACUCUCCAUGCUCUUGGAAGACAGAAAACGGGGCUACAGUCACUUCUCCACCCGAGGAACAUUUUUUACGUGACAUGCUCUAUUUUAUUUCAACCUUUUCAAAGUAAAGCCAACGUUUUUUCAGUGGGUAACGUUAGCUUCUUCAGUGUAUUCCCAUACCGGGUUGGAGUUCGAUACCUACAGGAAUAUGGUCAGGAAUACAAACGUUUUUGUUACUCUAAAGAAGUGAAAGAUUUUUUUUUACGGAGCCGAAAGUAACCUAGACACCCCGCCCCGGACCUUACUUUGUAUUUGGUGUCGAUAUGGCUUGGAUUAAAUGGGGCCUGUUAUUUUCCCUCAGUUUGUUUCUCUCUCCGGUAUGUGUGUCAGCGGAGCAACAGCAGGGCCAGAGCGGCUUCAGGAGGCUGUACGUGCUCCAGCCCGGGCCGGGGCCGGGGUCGGGUUCGGCCGGAGCGGACGGCGGGCUGCGAGUCAGCUCCAUCUCGACGCGUCACGGCCCGGCAGGGCAGCCGCACACGUAUAACGUAGAGCUCACCGCUAACUUCGGCGGCCAGACCCGGACCCGCAGGAUGGGGAACCAAGCGGCUUCAGUCCCACAGUUCAGUCAGCAGCAGCCAGUCGUCCGUCAGAGCGGACAGGAACAGAGCCAGCAGAAGCAGCUCAUGAAGCUGUCCGGGGUGAAUGUCUGUGGAGGGCAGUGCUGUCAUGGAUGGAGUAAUGCUCAGGGAUCGCAGAGGUGCACAAAGCCCAACUGCAUCCCUCAAUGCCAGAACGGAGGAAUGUGCCUUAGGCCUCAGCUCUGCGUCUGCAAACCUGGCUCAAAGGGGAAGGCAUGCGAACAGAAGACAGUGUCCACACACCCUUUUCCAGCACCACCUGGGAAUGAACCCACCAAUGGCCACACCACUGGUCACACUAAUGGACAUAAUGUAGUACCACAGCGGCCCAUACCUCAGCAAGUGCCUCCUAAUGGUUACGCUUCUGUCCCCCCACCAGCUAACAACAUGGCGCAGAUGAAACUAACUGUCAAGCCAGCCCCCCAGCUUGUGCGACCACAUUACAUUCACCAACACAUCCAACAGCAGAUCCGGCCUGUGCCCAUGCACCCAGUUCAGAGCCAGCCCUAUGUCAUAAAGCCGAAAUACUACCACACACACACUACACACACACAGACGCACGUUCAGUCCCAACCAGAGAGGCCGAUCCCCCUAAGAGUGGGACCCAACUCCUUCCAUGCAGUGGGCAACCAUACAGGGAGGAUCAAGGUGGUCUUCACACCCACCAUCUGCAAAUUAACCUGCAUUGGAGGCAGAUGUCACAACAACUGUGAGCUGGGAAACACCACCACCAUUAUCAGUGAGAAUGGCCAUGCUACAGACACCCUGACAGCACCCAACUUCAGAGUAGUGGUGUGUCACCUUCCCUGUAUAAAUGGUGGCAAGUGCAGCACCAGGGACAAGUGUCAGUGCCCUCCCAACUUUACUGGAAAGUUCUGCCAGAUGCCAGUUCAGAAUGGGCACCAGCAGCACCAGCAGCACCAGCAGGCGGCAGGCGGCUACAGCCAAACCCAGGUCCACUCCACACACACACUGCCACUGACCUACAGCAACGGCCAGAGUACUGUUUUCAGCCCCAGUAUCGUCAACAUCCACAUCAAACAUCCACCCGAGGCCUCUGUCCAGGUCCACCAGGUGUCUCAGCUGGACAACUACCACAACAAUGGACACCAGCUGAAAGGUUCCCAGUCAGGCUCCUCCUCAUCUACCAGCUACACCUACCACCACACAGAGAGCAGCCAGAAGAUCCAGCACCAUGGCUACAAUGUAGUCUAUCCCAGCCAGCAUGGUUACCAGGUUCCUCAGUAUCAGCCUGUCACCUCCAAGAACACACUGGGCCGCUGCUUCCAGGAGACCACAGGCAGUCAGUGUGGGAAGGCUCUGCCCGGGCUCACUAAGCAGGAGCAUUGCUGUGGAACCAUUGGAACAUCCUGGGGUUUCCAUAAGUGCCAGAAGUGUCCAAAGAAACCAUCUAUCCCUCUGAUAGAUUGUCCUCAGGGUUACAAGAGAAUCAACAGCUCUCAUUGCCAAGAUUUGGAUGAGUGCCAGCUACAGGGUGUGUGUCCCAAUGGAAACUGUCUGAACACCGUGGGCAGUUACAGGUGCAUGUGUAAACCCGGCUAUGUGCCCGACCCCACCCUCACCACAUGCAUAUCCAGCACGCCUGCCAUCCAAGAGGAGAAGGGGGCUUGCUUCCGUUUGGUGAGCUCAGGGAAGCAGUGUUUGCACCCAGUUUCUGCUCAGCUGAGCAAACAGCUCUGCUGCUGCAGUGUGGGCAAAGCCUGGGGCCCUCAUUGCGACAAAUGCCCCCCUCCAGGAACAGCUAAAUUCAAAGAAAUCUGCCCUGGUGGAAUGGGCUACACUGUUCUACCAAAUCCACCUGUCAAUAAGCCAGUCACCGUUUACCAGGAGCCCGCUGACCUGCUACCCGCCUAUCCCCUGCCAACACCAGAGAGACCAGUGGAGGCUUUUGGGAAACCAGAGGACAUUAUACCAGUAGCAACAACUGCACCAGAUCAGGAGCUGCUAGUUCCUGUGUUUAGUAAUAGGCCAGUAGUUGAACCUAUCCUGCCCCAGCUAUCUCCAGGUGUGUCCACUGUCAAGAUUGAAGCAGCCUACCCAGAGGUUGUUGAGAGGAGCUCUCCACCUGCUCCAGUGGAGAUCCUCCCAUCUAAUGCAGGCCAGGACAUCGCCCCCACCCAGUCAGCAGAGGUGGAUGAGUGCCAGAUCAACCCUUACAUUUGUGGCCAGGGGAUUUGUUACAACACAGCUGAGGGCUACACCUGCCACUGUGAUGAGGGAUACCGCCUGGAUGAUGCCCAAACUACCUGUGUAGAUGUAGAUGAGUGUUUGGAUAGCCCAUCUUUGUGCUUUGGUGGUCACUGCAAGAACACAGAGGGCAAUUUCCUGUGUGUGUGUCCAAAGGGAUUCCUUGUUGACGAAGAGGGAACCAGUUGUGUUGACAUCGAUGAAUGUGUAAACAGGACAGUGUGUCCCUCUGGCAUCUGUUUCAACGUGCCAGGAAGUUACAACUGUGGCUCCUGUCCUAAUGGCUUCUUGGCACAAGGAGGCCAGUGUGUGGAUGUAGAUGAGUGCCAGGAUCAGCAGGUCUGCACCAGAGGCCACUGCCUGAACACUGAAGGCUCCUUUACCUGUCAGUGUGGCCCAGGCUUCAGAGUGUCUGCAGCUGGAGACCAGUGUGACGAUGUGGAUGAGUGUGUAGAGGAUGCUAGGCCCUGUGAGGCUUUAGGGGAGUGUGUCAACAGCAUGGGCUCCUACACCUGUAACUGCCCACAGGGAUACCAACAGAUCAACGGCACCAGUUGCAGAGAUGUUGAUGAGUGUGUAGAGGAGCCAGAGUUCUGUUCCCCCCACGGAAAGUGUCUCAACACAGAAGGAUCCUAUCUGUGUGUGUGUGAGAGCGGAUUCACUGCCAACCUAGACACACCCUCCUGUGAUGAUAUUGAUGAGUGUGGCCUCAAUGAGACUCUGUGUGGCCCUCGUGGUUUCUGUGAGAACAGACUGGGCUCCUUCCGAUGCCUUUGUGACCAGGGCUACCAGGAGUCCCAGGAUCGCCAAGGCUGUGUGGAUGUGAAUGAGUGUGAGCUGCUGAGCAGUGUGUGUGGAGAAGCUCAGUGUGUGAACGUGGAUGGUUCCUUCCUAUGCGUGUGUCCUAGCGGCCAGGACUAUAACGUCAUGAUCGCCAAGUGUGAGCCUGUUCCCACAGUACUGUCAGAGGAGCGUAAGGAGUGCUACUAUCGUCUCAAUGAUGAGAACCUGUGUGAGAGUGUGCUGACCAGCCAUGUCACCCUGCAGGAGUGCUGCUGCACGCUGGGAGCUGGCUGGGGUGACAACUGUGAGGUACAUCCCUGUCCCGUCAAUGGCACAGACCAGUUUAACCAGAUGUGUCCAUCUGGAAGAGGUUUUAUUCCCAGUGGAGACUUGUUGUAUGGAGUACCAACUGCGGACAGCUACAAAAAUGCAGAUGAAUGUACACUGUUUGGCCAGGAGGUGUGUAAAGGAGGUUUUUGUCUGGAUACUGUGGGCAGCUAUGAGUGUUACUGCAAGACUGGACAGGACUACGAUCCUGCCAAACUGGAGUGCAGAGACAUCAAUGAGUGCCUGGAUGAGUCAGUGUGUGUUGGUGGACAGUGUCUGAACACAGAUGGCUCAUACAUGUGUUUCUGUACACUUCCCAUGGUGUUGGACCCCAACAAUAACCGUUGUGUCUUCAGUCCUGAGGUGUCCGAGCAACAUGAGGCGGAGUUGAUAGACUACCAGGGGAUCUGCUGGCAGACAGUUACAGAAACCCUGACUUGCACUCAGCCACUGGGUCUCAACAGGAAGACCACUUACACAGAGUGUUGCUGCCUGUACGGAGAGGCCUGGGGCAUGGACUGUGCCCUGUGUCCACCUAGAAACACUGAGGAUUAUGCAUCCAUGUGUAACCUUCCUUUGGGUGGUGGGCGGCGGCCAUACGGUCAUGACGCCCUUACUGCUGGCCCAGUGCAUGAAUAUGAAGUGAGCCCAGACUAUUCACUGUCACCUGAACAGCAGCCAGUUCUGCCCUUUUAUGAGAAUGAGGAGCAUCCAUACAAGGCAUUUGAGGGUUUGCGAGCAGAGGAAUGUGGGAUACUGAAUGGCUGUGAGAACGGACGAUGUGUCCGGGUUCAGGAGGGUUACACCUGUGACUGCUUUGAUGGAUACACCCUGGACCUGUCCCGCAUGGCCUGCAUCGAUGUGAACGAAUGUUCAGAACUGAACAAUCGAAUGUCACUGUGUAAAAAUGCAAAGUGCAUCAACACAGUGGGCUCCUAUCAGUGUGUAUGUCUGCCAGGGUUCACUGCCUCUGACAAACCCAACUACUGUGUGGAGGUCACAACACACCAAACAUCAUCACACACACAGUGAGCAUGAACAGACACUAGGGGGCGACAAGAGACACGAAACCACACGCACAAGCUUGUAUUACUAUACUUGUGAGGAUGUCCACUGACUACAUUCAGUGACUGCCAAAUCCUCAACACCAAUCAGGUGGUUCAACUCCCUGGUUUGGUUGGUGUCCAGCAGCACUCCAAAUCCCAAACCACUUCAUAGCUGAUCAUCAACAGUGACCUGGAGGAACAUUUGAGAUUUGACGGUCAUAUAACAAAAUUAGGGUGUACUUUUAACUGUUUCUAUUCAUAAUCUUUGCCCACAAUCUAAAUCAAACCUCCAAAACCUAAACCUUGCCACUGAAUAAAUAGAAUCAUGAUUCUAAUCUUAUUCCAUAAUUUAAAACUAAUCCAUAUUCAGAUCUGCCAUUUACCAGUGUCAUUGUCAUUACUUUUAUUUACUUUCAUGCAUUCCCAUCUGCUCUACAUCACUAUGGAUUUUUUAUAUUUUUUUUUUACUGUACUUCUGUUGUAUUAUAUUUGUUAUGAUUUUUCAUUUUAGUGGUUUUCCAAUGUGGACAUUUAAAAUAAAAAACCCUUCCUAAAUAUUAUAAAGUACUUUUAAUGCUAAGGCCUAACUUUGUAAAAAGCCUAAACGUAUAUUUUCAAUGACUACACUAUAAACACUGUAACUUUCUUUAGUUUCUUUGUUUACCUAGUUAAAGGAAUCAUUCAGCAUUUUUGGGAUAUGCUUAUUCGCUUUCUUUCUGGGAGCUAGAUGAGAAGACCUCAUGUCUAUGAUCUGUGUAGAGCGCUAAUGAAAGGAGAUGAUUACCAUAACUUGGCACAGAGAUUGGAAGCUGGGGAAAACAGCUGGCCAGGCUUUAUGCUAUGCUAGGCUAACCAGAUCCUGAGUCCAGCUCUGUACUUAAACAGACAUGGCAAUGAUAUCAGUCUGUGAAAAAGUGAAUUGGUGUUAUUUGCCCAAAAUGUUGACCCAUUCCUUUAGCUUGAACAGGUUGUGAUUGAAAGAAGACAGAAUAAUAACUGAAAAAAGUCAGUGUGGAGAACAAAAUGCUGGAAUUCAUGUAGAACAUCAUGUCUAUACAGGACACAUAGUGUAGGCAGCAUAUUAACAGAACAGCUCCAUGUGUGUUGCACAGGAUGCAUUCAGGUGCAGUAUUGAGUGUAGGUCAUCAGGCUGUAGAGAAAGUUAAACUGAUUAUAAUGGAUACUCAUGAGAUGGGCACAUGAAAAACUUAGCUGAAACGCCUCCAGUGUAGACAUGCCAUAAGCAAGACUACCUUCCUGUCUGCUGGGGAAACAUUCACCAUCAAAGUGUGUGUUGUGUUUCUACACUGAUGAGUCAGAUUGGGGCUUGUGACCACUACUGAAUGUUAGUGAGUCUAAGAAAACCAAAAACACACAUCAGGGCUGUGUUUACUCUUGUUUGAACAUUGUCAUACUUUAGUAACACAUCGCAUGGUUUAUGCUUUACAGCUUUAUGCCGAUGUUUCGCCAGUAUAAUGUUCACCAUGUUUACCAUCUUAGCUAAGCAUGUUAGCAUGCUAGAAAUUGCUAUUUAAUGACAGCAAUGUUGAUUUGUUUGUAGGUUCUUAUUCAUAAACCAAAGUGUCAAUUAUAAUUUUGAACUGAUGAUUGUGCUAAAAAGUCAGAGGAACAACAAAGUUGUUACAGUUCAUCCAAAGGUGGUAAUCCAUCCAGUUUCUGAGUUAUUUUUAAAAUUAUUCAGAGGGACAGCCAAUUCUAAGCAUCAUGCCUGGUUUCCUCCAGACAUUAUGCUCUAUGCUUAGAAUUAAGGCCAAACAAUUCAAUCAUUCCAGAGAACCUUGUUUCUCACAGUCUGGAAGGUUCUCCCAUUGCCAUACAGGAUUUCUGGAGCUCAGCCAUAGUGACCAUCACGUUCUUGGUCACAUCAUUUUCCAAAGCUGUCUCCCCUGAUUGCUCAAUUUGGCUGGGUGGAUAGCUCUAGGAACAGGCUACUGUGCUCUUGCGAACCUUCAAUGCAGCAGAGAUUUUUUUUUUAGUCUACCUAGAUCUGUGCCUUGACACAAUCAUGUGUCUGAGCUCUGCAGACAGUUCCUUUGACCUGAUGGUCUUGGUUUUUUCUCUGAUAUGCAUGGUCAGCUGUGAGACCUUAUAUUGACAGGUGUGUGAAUUUACCAAAGGGGGACUCCAAUCAGGUUGUAGAAACAUGUCUGAAGAGAAAUGGGAGGAACCUGAGCUAAAUUUCAAGUGUCAUAGUUUUUACUUUAGCAUAUGGCUGCAACUUAUCAAAACGUGAAAAAAUUGAAGGUGCACAAGGUGUUAUCAAAAAGUUCAGAGACUGUACUCGUAACAGGCAAAAAACACACCAAAAAAAAAAAACAAUUGAGCCGCCAUCCCCUUUGAAACGAAAUAGUCACCUUGUCCUUAAGAGGAAGAGGUUGCAGGGAGCCAAAUCCGAUAAGUAUGUUGUGUCAGAAGUGACGAUUAUGUUUGUGUGGCCCAGAAAAAUAUGAGUGAGUGUGUUGUCAUGAAGGGGCACCAAAAUGACAUCAUACCACAGUUCAGGUUGUUUCCACUGAAUUACGAAUUUGUGGUCCCCUGCGGUCUCAAAUCUCAAAGAAAACAACAAGCAUGCUGUUGUUUGUGCUCCUGACCUGACCUUCUGACCCUCUUCCACUUUAAAGACUGCUGUCUCUGGGUCGCAGCCAUUGACUCAACUCUAAUCACAUGUGAUGGUUCUCAAUAUAAAGGGUCAUCCCUGGCCUGUUGACAUAGAUCCUCAUGGGCUGAAACACAGUGCUGCUUCUGUCUGGUCAAUGAGGUAACCGCACACCUAUUGCUCCCACCUAUUGUGCUUCACAACAACAGCAACAUAUGUAUAUAUAUAUAUUAAGUUGCAGCCAUAUAUAUAUAUGUACACACACACACACACACACACACAUACACACACACACAUAUAUAUAUAUAUAUAUAUAUAUAUAUGUGUGUUGCUGUUGUUGUAUAUAAGAAGUGUGGGUCAGCCAGUAUGUCUUUAAACAGAGCUUUAUCACCUUUUUGAUCCCUGAGAGGGCAUUUGGUCCUUAAAAGUAUAGAAAUACAACACAUACACACACACACACACACACACACAUACUCUCACACAAAAACACUUACUUAGUCAAAGCUCAUAUAUUCUGCACUGUAUAAGGUACACAAUAAAUGAAACACAGUAACUUACUUGAGAUGAAGAUUCAACUUAAUCUACUAUUUGGUGUCAACCACAUGUUGGAGAUAGAAACACAGAAUUGUAUAAAAUGUAUGUUUUGUCUGUUUCUUUUUAAAUUUUGUUUCCUAUUUUGUUUUCAAGUUGAGAUUUACACGUUAUAAGAGGCCGUUUUGUUCAUUUAACAAAUUGACAAACCCUAUGGACUUGUGCUGGGGGAUCCAGUUAUAUUUUGUACCCAGUCAAACUGAUUGUGGAUAUUUAAUUCUGUGAAGAGGCAGCUGUUUGCUCCUCCUCUUCCUCCUUUGCCAUCCCUCUGUGUGCCGUAAAGAAAAUUCUGUUACUACACUUCACUACUCUUUGUAGGAUUUUGUCUUUGUUUUGUAGAAAUGGUAAAAUGUAAUCAUAAAUCUACUUGUUGUGUGUGACAUAAGACAAACCCAAGUUUCAUGUUUGUUACAAAGAGCUAAAAGAACUUUUUUUGUCACCUGGUAUUCCUUCCCCAUUGUGUCUAUGUGUUGAGAUGACUGAAAUGAAUUUUUAUUUUAUUUUUCAUACUUCUCUUAACUAUGUUUCACUGCUAAGUCUUGCCAGGUGGCAAAGCUGCUAUGGGACAGCGAUGGGAGAGAAGAAACUUGUGUACAUUUAAACAAAAGAGUGGAGAAAACAGCUGAUGUAUUUUGUAAUUUGUACAUGAAUAAAUAGCUUUUUCUAUGAAUUCAUAUUACAAUGUUCAUUAAAUCCCUUGGUAUUAAACCACAAAUUGUGAUAUUUAA